AUGGUUUACACCGUAAUUUCAGCCACACUAUCUGAUAAUAUCAGUUGUCUUUCGGUGAAAGAUACCGAUGAUGAUUUGGCGGAAUAUGCCCUACAAUUACGCUGUAUUGAUUGUAGGGAAGUCAACGAUUCUAAAGUGACUGUUAACCGAAUGGAAAAAUAUGAAAUGAGUAGUGGCAAGGGAGAAGCAUCAUUAGUGAUGAAGUGUAAGUUCUGUGGCAAUGACUGCUCAGUCAACCUUGAAAAAUACGAGGAAAAACUGUAUAAUCUGGAUUUGGAGGAGAACGGCGACGUGAUCAACAAGCAGCUUUUGCAGAGGAAAAAGAAGGGUAUCAAGAAAGUUGAGGAUUCCAGAGCCGUAGCUUUGGAGUUAGAUUGUCGUGGCUGCGAUGUUUUUGCCGUAGACUUUUCGAAUUUGACUUUUAACGUCGAAAUGGUAUCAGGAAAUGUGCUGGAGGCAAGCUUUGGCGAUGAGAAUGAAUGGUAUGACUAUGACGACAAAGCUGGGGAGGAGGUGUCUGUGACGGAUAUGAGCUUUGAAGUGGUCAAGGGCAAAUAA